GUUAUGUAGGUGGUUCACACUAUACCGAUCCAGGAACAGCAGUAGACCCCUUUUGUUUGCCAAGAAAUCCUGAGUGGGAGAGAUAUAAGGAUAAAGUUGAAACUUGGAGAGGGUAUGUGUAUGGCUCUGAAUAUGAAACGCAUGAUGGACAUUUUGCUAAACUUUACAAUCACAAUGUACAAUGUGCUGUUUGUCUUCUGAAAGAUAAACCAACAACAGCAGUUUUUCCAGCAAGAAAAUCCUGCUACAGAGGUUGGAGGUUAGAGUACAAAGGUUACCUUAUGUCAGGGUAUCAUGGAUUUAAGGCUGGUACAAUGUAUACUUGUAUUGACAAACAUCCUGAUACUGUUGCUGGGGGCCAUGCAACCAUAAUGGCUACCUCUUCUAUCCAGUGGAGUCUCGAUGUGGGUCGCUGA